CAUCUGAGUUAAGGAUCUUUUUUUGUUGUUGUUAAGAUUUUUAUUGAUUUAUUUUUAGAGAGAGAGUGGGAGGGAGGGAGAAAGAGAGGGAGAGAGAAACAUCGAUGUGUGGCUGCCUCUCGCACACCCCCUACUGGGUACCUGGCAUGUGCCCUGACUGGGAAUCGAACUGGCAACCCUUUGGUUUGAGGGCCGGCAUUCAAUCCACUGAGCUACACCAGCCGGGGCUGAGUUAAGGAUCUUGCGUGGAAGAAAUGACCCUGGCUACCUGGGGGCCCUAAAUGUCAUCCUCAUGAGAGGGAGACAAGAGGUUAUGAGUCAGGAGGACCUGGGACGACAGAAGCAGAAGUCGGGGUGACGCACUUGGAAGGCAGAAGAAGGCCCGCGGGCCACGGAAUGGGGGUGCCUCCAGAAGCUGGGAGAAGCACGGGAACAGUUUCUGGCCUUGGCACCUCCCAAAGAAACACCUUGACUUUAGCCCCUAAGACCUACCUUGGACACCAGACCUCCAGAAUCUCGAGAGAAUUAACGAGCAUGCUUUUAAGCAGUUCGUGGUCCUGUGUUACAACAGCCACCGGACACACAUGCACCUCCCGCCGCAUUCCCCCUGGAGCCGCACCGAGACACCCCCUCCCACACUUGGCCACCCUGCCCGGAGACAAGAGGACCCAUUCCCUUCAGCCCCAGGAGCCAGCCCCCCGAACUGCCAGCCCCAUCCGUUCUCUGCCUCCCCAAACCAUAGGGGCCCCAGAGUCCCUCCAAAAAUGUCUUGGGGGGAAGCUGCCCCUGCUCUCUCCUCCCCUCCUGGCACAGCCAGGCUGUGCCCCAAACAGCCCCUGAUGUGGCCCACCUGAGUAAUGGGCCCAGUCCACAGGUGUCCCUCUUUUCUCCCCUGCUCACUGGCUGCACUUGGGUGGGAGAUGCAGGAGUUGGGGGUCCAACCCCCGGAAGCCAGUUCCUCCAGCCGGCGAGAGACCUGGAGCACAACAAGCCCCUCCUGGAGCCUCAGUUUCCCCAGGAUACUGGGCCUGCAGCAGAGGGAGGCAGGAAGGCACCGCAGGGGAGCCUACUCCACAGCAGAGGCGCCUGUGCCGUCUCCCCCUCCCUCCGAGCCUGCACCCAAACCCCCCUGGGCACCCGCUCCAAUUAAGGGUCCUUAACGCUAACUGCAGCAGUUGACUCAGCUCCUGGCCUCCCCGCGCUGCCCAGGCCUUUGUCGCCUUAAUUGGCAACCUCCAGGCGCUUUUCCUCGCCUCCCCACCUGCACCACCCUGCCCCAUAUCCCAGGUCCAACUAUGUGCUAAUUGGGCCCCUGGGGACGUGCACAGAAAGCCCCUCCCCUGACUUCCUAUAUCAACCCCCCACCUACCAUCCUCAAACCCCCAAGUCCAGCUCCUGGGACACAGGGACCAGGGGGGUUGAUAUAGGACCCAGGAGAGGAGGGACUCUGGGUCCUAAUUUCUGGGGCCCUACCCCCUCUCCUGUCCAGAGUCAUCUGCCCAUCCCACAGGCCAUCCCUCCUUGUUCUGUUCUGCAGCCUUGAGCCCCCAGCCGUGGCUAUUCCUCUCUCCUCACAGAUUUGGGGGGUGCUUUCUGAUCGGCAGGAAUAUAGUGGAAGGUUACCCCCAGAUCACCCAGGCCAUGCACCCCGGGGCCCCCACAGCCCCAGCAAUCUCCGAGCCCAGCCCCCGGGAGCUGUGUGCCUUUGUCAGCGGGGCAGCUGCCCGCAUGCUACGCACCUUGCACCCCCGGCGGACCCGGCCCCCCAAAAGGAGGCCCAACCACAGGAGGUUCCUUCACAACCAGAUCUGCAGGCAGUUUGCCAAGAUCGAGGCCGCCACCCAGCGCCUGGCCCUGUCCAUCCUGUCCCAGGAGGCUCCUCCCCAGAGACCUUCGCCCCAAAGAGCACCCCGGCCACCACCAUCCCCCUUCCUGGGGGUGGCCCGUGCUGUGGCCCCCACCGAGGCACCUCGUGCAGGCCCCAGCCUGAGCCUCGCUUCGCUGGAUGCCUCUACCUUGGACCUCUUCGAUGACAUUGCACUCAGCCCAGAACAUCCCUCAGGGAUGUAUGACCUGCCCCAUCAGGCACUGGGCCAGCCAGGCCUCAGGCAGGCCCAACAUUCCUAUGGUCCUCUGCCCCUCACCCUGCAUGCCCUGGGGGGAGGGGAAGAACUCUUGGCUCCUGAAGAGGCCUGGGGGUGCAGGUGGGAGAUGCCUUAUGCCCACCAUUUUCAGGGGAUCCCAGAGAGCUGGAGGACCUGCUUCCCAUGA